UUAUACAUCGCGAUUAGGGUUUUUUUUUUCACUUCGUUCCCAUCCGAUAACUAGCAGGACGAAGAAGAGGCAGAGCCGCCGUCCAUUGGAGUAGCUGUAGCAGGUUCGUCUCUUCCGUAGUGAAAAUGGCGGACACUAAGGCUGUGACAAUUCGUACAAGGAAGUUCAUGACAAACAGGCUUCUUUCCAGGAAGCAAUUUGUGAUCGAUGUGCUACAUCCAGGAAGGCCCAAUGUAUCCAAGGCUGAACUGAAGGAGAAGUUGGGAAGGAUAUACGAUGUUAAAGAUCCAAGUUCUAUCUUUGUAUUCAAGUUCAGGACUCACUUUGGUGGGGGUAAAUCAACUGGUUUUGGAUUGAUCUAUGAUUCUGUUGAGAAUGCAAAGAAGUAUGAGCCAAAGUACAGGCUCGUCAGGAAUGGCUUGGACACCAAGAUUGAGAAGUCAAGAAAGCAGAUGAAGGAAAGAAAGAACAGGUCCAAGAAGAUCAGAGGUGUAAAGAAGACCAAGGCCGGAGAUGCUGCCAAGAAGAAGAAGUAAGCGUUGAGAGAUUAUGCUGCAAUUUUCAAAAUUAUCUUAGCAUCGUAUCUUUUUGGAUAUCUUGGUAUUCGACUCCUUAUCACAUCUUUAAAUUAUGAUCAAAUUGGAUAUUACGACGCUGAGAUGACCUGAGUUUUUUAGAGCUUGAUAUAGCAAGAACAUUAUAUGUGAUCUAUCGACAUUUUGUCCAAUUUUUUAUGGUUAUUUGUUUUGCAAAAA